AUGGCGGCGGGUGCGCCGGGGGCCUCUUCGUCGAGGAGCGCGUACUCGCAGUUCCUCGACAAGCUGAAGCACCCGUCCGCCAAGGCAGUGGCCAAUGACGUUCACGGCUUCGUCACAGCGUUCCCGCCUGGGUUGCCCAGGCAGGAGGCCGCCAGGCGGGUCCGCGUCUUCCUCUCCGACGCGGCGCCGCGCCUCCUCCUGGCCGAGGCCUUCGCGGCGGACGGGUCCGAUAACCAGCAGGAGCUCGUCGAGGAAGGUCUCGAGAAGUUCGUUGUCCUGAAACUCUACAACGUCCUCUUCCAGCAGAUACCCACCGACACGGGCGAGGACAAGACGGAGCUGCGCGACAGCGCGCCGCGGGCAUGGCGCUGGCGCGGACUGGGGGGGCCUCCGGCGGGCUCGCGGGUCGGCGACGUGGGCCGGCUCGUUGCCCAGGCGGCCGCCGAGUUGCAGAAGGUGAACAGAUAUCGUGCUCCGCGGGACAAGCUGGGGUGCAUGCUGAAUGCGUACCGCUUGAUCGAGAGCUUCGUGGACGCAUUCCAGAGGGAUGCAGCUGGAGAUGCACCGCGAGAAGAGGCUUUUCUGAACCAAGUGCUGACGACAACGCUGAAAGAGGCAAUGCCCGAGAAUUUCUUCUCCAACGUGGUGUUCGUAUCGACGUACCGGCAUCCUUCACGGAUCAGUCCAGAGGAGCAGCGCUGCCUUCAGAGCUUCACCAACGCGGCGGCUUCCCUGGAGAGCGGCGCUGACGCUGGCGAUGGCGCAGAUCGCGCGGCCCUGCACGAGCAGUGGGGCGACCCCCUCGACGAGGGCAGCGCCCUCCGCGUCGCUCUGCGCGCGGAGCUGCAGGCAGCGCGCCGCCCCUCGGCGGCGGGCCCGGGCAGCGCCCGCGCCGGGGCCUCCGCUGCGCAGCCCUCGCCCGGCCCAGCCGCCGUGGGCUGGCCUCGCCACGAAGGGGCCUGCAGCCCCUCCGCGGCGCGGGCACCGACGCCAGAGACGCAGGCGCCUGGCUUCGCGAGGUCCUGGAGCCUCAAGAGCAGAAUGCAGCACAUGACGAAGAAGACGUCGGACGCCACGCCAGUACCGACCGUGUGGCGGUUGAGGCGCAGUCACACGAGCGACAGCGAGGAGAUAUCGGUUUUGUCCGAGACGCCUGGGCUGGUUGGUUGGGCCCGGCGAAAACUGUCUUGGCUGGUGCAUCGUCAUGGCGUUGCUUUUGACUACGCCAUCUGUCUCGUCAUCGUUGCGAGUUCCAUCUGUGUCGGAGUGGAGAUCCAGUGCGAUCUAGAGGGCAGUGUGGAUUGCUCGAGAACCACUGGUGAUUUAGAGCAUUUCUUCCUGGUGGUCUUCGUGCUGGAGCUGCUGAUCCGCUUCCUGGCUGAGGGCCCGCGGGUGUUUAAAAAUGCGUGGGUCCAGUUCGACACCAUCUUGGUUGCUACAGGAGUGAUUUCUACUUGGGUGAUAGAGCCCAUCGUGAUGAGUACCAAGGGCGACGACAGGACAGCAUUCCUUGGCAUUAUUUCCCAGAUGGUGGUGCUGCGUGUGUUGCGCCUUCUUCGCCUCGUGCGAGCCCUACGCUUCUUCGAGCAGUUCCAAGAGAUGUGGAAACUUGCGAAUGGCCUGAUACGCUCGUUCCGCACCGUUCUCUCUGCCUGCUUCCUGAUAUUGCUGACUAUCUAUGUUUUUGGGUGUCUCGGCGUCGAGCUGAUCACAAAAGAUAUUGAUCUGCUCGAAGAUCCGGUGACAGCAGAGCUGAUCCAGUCGCACUUCUCUUCGCUGCAAGUGACUAUGCUCACCCUCAUUCAGUUCGCUAAUUCAGAUUCCAUUGCGAGCGUUUACAAGCCUUUGGUAUGCAGGGCAUGGCCUUUGCUUUUCUAUUUUGGUUUUGUCUGGCUAAUCGUAACGAUCACGCUCAUGAAUUUGAUUCAACAGUCAUUGUGGACACGGCCAUCGCCCAGGGCGGCGCCGAUCGGGAGCUCGAGAAGAAGAGGAAGCGGAACAGGUUCAGGGAGCUCCAGCCCGUUAUGUCCGAACUCUUCCGGGACCCUGAUCGGGCUCGAUUGGAGCGGAGAUGGCAAGGUCAGCAUGCACGAGUUCAGGUCCGGGCUGGACGCCUCGAACACCAAGAAGCGCCUGCCAGAGGACAUCCGUAAGAUCCUGGAUUCGGACCAGCUCGUAGAAGUGUACGGGUACCUUGACGCGGAUGGUUCGGGUGAGAUCGACGAAGAAGAAUUCAUCGACGGAAUCUUCAGCUUGAUGUUCCAGUCCGUCCCCAUCGAGACCACCCAGAUGUUGCAGCUGCUGCGUUCGCAAAGUGAUGCGCUGCAUAGGUGGGCUCGGCCGGGGCCUCUCUCGGGCCUCCGGGCGCACUCUUUCGCCGCCGCGGCUGCGACUCCCCCCCGGCAUUUUGGUCGGAACGCACGCUGGGAGAAGCCCAGGGCUCGAGUGUUCACGGCCCUACACCACCGAGUGGCUGUCAUGGAGACGGUGCGCGGCGGGUCGCGGCAGGACUGGAAGGAGUUGCUGGACUCGCAGGAGCUCAAGGGCUUGAUCCUGCAAUGCCAGGCCGACUUUGCAUCAGCGUACAUGGAGCAGCGCAGAGAGCACUCGCAUAAUACAUAUUCCUUCGCGGGUGACAAUCGAGCGCCGCUGUUCACCAUGGAGGAACUUACAGAAGCGAUGCGCCUAUUGAAGCUCCACAAAGCCGCUGGCGACAAUGGAGUGAGCGCAGAGCUGAUUAAGAUUGACUCUGCGGUCUUGCGGGAUCUGCUGCUGGGCGCGUUCAACGAGAUCCUGAGUCCAUCUGCAGCCGCGCCGACUGGCUGGCUCCGGGCGGGCACGGCCUUCCUCUCCGCAGUUCCCUCGGUCACAGUCGCGCCGGCGCCAGCCAGGAGGGAUCUCCCAGGCGACGAUCGCUGCCCUGCGGCAUCAGCACGAGGCCGCCGCGGUCGGCGGCGGGGCGCCCGCCCUGGCGCACCUGGCGGGCGCCGGCGCCGCGUGCGGCGCGGCGGUGGCAGCGCGGAGGCGGAGAGCGCGCGGCACCCGGCGGCGCGCGGUGGUCGUGGCGCAGGACGUCGACAAGGAGAGCUGGUGAUGCCGAAGCCCGGCAAGCAGAUGCGCGUGGCCAUUGCGGGCGGCGGCGUUGGCGGUCUGACAACCGCUCUCUGCAUGCUGAAGGAGGGCUUCGACGUGACUGUGUACGAGAAGACGGGCAAGUUCGCGCGCUUUGGUGGCCCUAUCCAGUUCGCCAGCAACGCCACGUCCACGCUCAAGGCGAUCGACGAGCGCCUCUUCCAGAGAAUCAUGGACAAGUUCACCUUCACCGCAACACGCCGAUGUGGCAUCAAGGAUGGCAAGCGCGCCGACGGCUCCUUCCGCAUGACGGAGGUCCUGGACCCGAGCUACCUGGUCGACUCGAGUGUGCCCGCGGAUUGGUUCGUCUCUUUCCCGCUCAAAGAGUGUGCCGACUUCUUCCAGCUCCCCUACACUGGCGUCAUCAAUCGCCCCGACUUGCAGGACAUACUUCUGGACGAGUGCCGGCAGUUGAAGCCAGACUUCAUUCAAAACGGUGUUGCGGUGCAGGGCUACGAGAAUCACGCAGGCGGCGUCACUGUCAAGCUGAGCGACGGCAGCACGGCGGAGGCCGACGUGCUCGUCGGCUCCGACGGGAUCUGGUCGGCCGUGCGCUCCCAGAUGUACGGCGAGGGAGAGGUGAAGGGGUCGUCCGCGGACGGCAAGACACGGCAGGGCUGCCCGUACUCAGGAUACACCGUGUUCGCCGGUGAGACCGUUACGAAAUUGGGCGACUACUACGACUGCGGCUACAAGGACGUGUACAUCGGGCCGCAGCGCUACUUUGUCACCUCCGACGUCGGGGACGGCAGGAUCCAGUGGUACGCCUUCCUGGCCCUGCCGCCGGGGACGAAGAAGCGCGCCCCCGAGGACACCUGGGAGGGCUCCGGAUCGUCAUCUGGCCAGGGGCAGGACGUCAUCGAGUGGCUGAAGGGCCUGCACGAGGGCUGGUCCAGCGAGGUCUUCCAGGUCCUCGAGGCGACGCCGGCCGAGUCUGUGGAGCAGCGCGACCUCUACGAUCGGAGGGGAGGGGGUGGCCCGAGUUCUUCCGCUCCUGGGCUGACGGCAGCACCGUGCUCGUAG